AUGGCCGAUAUCGAUGUCAAGGUCGCUUCGUGGAAGCUGGUUGAGGUUGGCCGCCUAGUGCUGAUCCGCAGCGGACCUUUCGAGGGCAAGCUUGCUGCCAUCGUUGAGAUCGUGGACCACCGCCGUGUCCUGGUCGACGGUCCCUCCACCGAGGAGCAGAAGAUCGUGCCCCGUCACGUUCUCCCUCUCGCCCACGCCACCCUCACUCACUUCACCAUCCCCCAGCUUCCCCGUGCUGCCGGUACCGGCCCCGUCAAGAAGCUUUGGGCUAAGAACGAGAUCGAUGGCAAGUGGGCCAAGAGCUCCUUCGCUCAGCGCACCGACCGCACCGAGCGCCGCAAGAACCUUUCCGACUUCGAGCGCUUCAAGGUUCUGCGCCUCCGCAAGCAGGCUCGCUACGAGGUCCAGAAGUCCCACGCCAAGGCUCGCGCUGCCAACAAGUCAUAG